AUGCCGCGUUCCUCUCCUAAACGGUGGGAACACACCCUCGGCGGUACUGGGCCAGUCUGUCCAAGGCUGCACCAAUGCAAGAGCGUCGCGCUCGAGACUGGAUCGCCCAAGAACCGCCGCGGACCGGGUUCUCUUUGGGUGCGCACGCUGCAAAGCCACACCCCUUUUACCGGGCGGACGGGCCCAGGGAGCCAAGGCCCUGCCGGGACCCACACUUGCCUCAGUGCCCGGCGGGCCCUCCCUGGCCCUGAAGCCCGGGCCCCGGGGAUCCCGAGCCCGCCCCCCCCCCCCGCGUACUUGACACGCGGGGCCGCGGAGACAGAGGACCGCGGCCGCCGCCGUCGGGAGGACGGCGCUACCCGGGGGGAAAUCCGCCGCCUGCCUCAGAUUACCGCUAGGCGGACGGAGGUCGGAGCCCGCAGCGGAGCGACAUUUCCCAGCUUCCUCCGCCUCGCCUCCGCGACGAGUUACCAGCGCCUCGCACGUCGCCGCGUAAAACCACACUUCCCAGAAGGCUGCGCGUUCGCGCGCGCGCUUUGGGCGCCGGGAGAGAACGGCGCAUGCGCCUUCACGAGGACGCGCACACCGAGCGUCAAGAGGACGGCAGGGCCGGCCUCCGCUUGCUUCUUAGGUACAGGGGCGCCCAGGGCACGAAACUACACUUCCCAGAAAGUGAUGCGGCCGCGAAAGACCUUCCGGGUCGCGGGUCAGCUGGCGCGUACGCCCUCCUGCGGGGCCGUGGACAGUCCCCCGGUGGGCGUGCUCCCGCCGGAGGUCUCCGUGCUGCGCCCUGGGCCGCUCCUCGGCAGCCCUUGGGGGCUUUGGGCGUUUGACGCCCGCCUGCCCGGGACUGUGGUCCCUAAAACGCCCUGUGUCCGGGCUGUCAUGGCAACAGUUGUCGGCGGACAAACGACACUCCCUGGACAUUCGUGCGGCCGCGUCACGGCUGUUGACUGCCGCCGUCUGGUGUACAGGUCUCAGCAGUGGCGGCCUCAGGGCAAGAGUCACUUUGGAGUGGUGCUGGCCACUGUCAGUGCUGCUUGGAGAAUGAGAUGGGUCAGGCAUUACUUUGGAGGGACUCCUGCCCAGAGAAGCCCAGUAGAGUGGAAUGGAUGGACCAGAUCCACAAGUGAAGAUGAAAGAAUAGCCUGAGAAAGAUGAAACCACUCUUACCUGCUCCUGAUUCAGCCUGACUCCCAUCCCC